AUGGCGUUGUCGACAUUUGGCCGACGUGCUGGUCUGGUAGUCGCAGGAACGGGCGUCUAUGUGGGCACGUCGUAUUUGGUCUAUCAGUACAUGACGUCUGGCAAGGCGGACCAAGAAGAAACACAACGCCUCCUAUCCGAACAACAAGAGUUUUCCUUUGUCAAGAAUCCCAGCCGCAAUGAGAAGUACAGCGAGAUUGCCGCUCGCUAUGACUUUAUGAUCAACAAUGACGAACGAUUCAUGGGAAUGGGUGUCUUGAGACGAUGCCUCUUGUACUACCAUGCCCGUGGAACCGUGCUGGAAAUGGCGGCUGGGACGGGACGGAAUUGUCCCUAUUACCCAGCCGGUGUGGAUCGCGUCGUCUUGACGGAUACAUCGUCGGAAAUGUUGGAUCAAGCCAAACGAAAAAUUGGAGACCUUUCCUCCGAACCACACAAAAAGAAAUUUGCAGUACUCCAGGCAGACAGUGGCCAUUUGAGCUUUGGCGACUCUACCUUCGAUACUGUCGUGGAUACAUUUGGAUUGUGCAGUUUCAAUGACCCCGUGGCGGCCUUGAAGGAAAUGGAACGAGUCUGUAAACCCGACGGAAAAAUACUAUUGCUGGAACACGGACGAUCGAAAUCCUGGCAGUGGGUGACCAAAAUCUUGGACGACAAUGCGGAACGGCAUGCUAAAAACUGGGGCUGUGUGCACAAUCGAGAUUUGGAUCAGAUUCUGGAAAAGUCAGGCCUGGUGUUGGACACGGUGUUCACGUGGCACUUUGGGACCACCUACUAUUGUGUUUGUCGGCCCAACAAACAAAAAAGCAACAACAAGUCAAUGGCUAGUAGUAACCAAACAACAACACUGCCAGAACAGCAACAAUAA